AUGGAUGAAAAAAAUAUAAAUUUUAAUUCCUAAGUACUUUUUAUUAUUUAAUAAAAUUUUAAUCUACUUGAAUAGUAAUUUUUAUAAAUACAAAAGUUAAUAGAAAAAGAGUUUUAGGAAUAGAAUGAUCUUACUUUAUAAAUUAAUCUCAUUAUUUUUAUCAUUUCGAUUUGUUUUGUUGUUAUUUUUCUUUAUUUAGCAAUUAAGCCUUAUAAAUAAUAUAUUUUAAAUAUAUAAAGUAUAUUAAUGGUUAUUGGAAGAGUAAACGAAUAAGAAACAAAUGAAGAAAUAUAGAAAUUGAAACUUACAAAAAAUCUUAUUGAAAGUGAAAACGAAAUUUAAAAUUUCUAAAUAUGGGAGAAAAUUUGA